GUGGGCAAAGUCACCGCCUCGCUGCUCAUCAGCAACGCCAGGGCGGCCUGCAACGCGGAGCUGCUCGCGCGAGAGGGGGUCACCUUCUGCGUGAACGUCAGCAGGCAGCAGCCCUUCCCCAGCUUCCAGCAGGCCCGAGCCAUGCGCGUGCCCGUGUUCGACGACCCGGCUGAGGACCUGUACCGCUAUUUUGAGCAGUGCGGCGAUGCCAUAGAAGAAGCUGUCGGGAGCGGCGGGAAGUGCUUGGUGUACUGCAAGAACGGGCGCAGCAGAUCCGCCGCUAUCUGUACGGCGUACCUGAUGAGACACCGACACCUCCCGCUCCAGGACGCCUUUGAGAUGGUGAAGGCUGCCAGACCAGUAGCAGAACCCAACCCAGGGUUUUGGUCUCAGCUACAGAGAUACGAAGAAGAUCUGAAAAUACCAAAGCAGUCUGAUCUGCUGAGCAAAGGACUGAACUCACUUUAAAACACCUCCACACACUGCUGUUUUUAAGCAGCUUGCUAUAGGCUGAAGUAGAAAAAAAAAUGUAUGUAUCACCAAUAAAAUACCUAACUUGCUACACUGA